AUGAUUCCCCUCCCAGGUGGCCUGGUCUGUGCCAACUGGUACAUUAAUGCCGCCGAGGGCAUCCAAAUCCAAACGGAGCUGAUCCCUUCAGCGUACUUUCUGGACUCUUGUUUUUGGCAGAACUGGUCUCUGCAGAUGCCGUAUGUACUUUACAACCCAGAUUCCAACUGGGGAGGCGUCUUCGAUAUGUGUUGCUGCGCAAACGGCCUACACAAGCACUCGGCCUUCAAAGCCCCGCCCCCCAGUUGUAAUAGUCGUUCGCCCGGCAUAAUCAGCAACGGCACACACGAUUCUAUUUUCGGUCUGAGUGACGGCGACUGGUGCCUUGAUGGCCAGUACUAUGAUAUAUUCGAAGUUGUUUGGCGAGUGGAAUCCUAA